CAAGUGAAUGUUAAAAUGGCAAACGUGUGGUAUAUUUCGAAUAACUUCCGUACUGUAGCAACCAACCUGCUGCUGAUUAUGAUAAGCCUUUCAGCAACCGUUUUAGCUAGUAGUGUUAGCACAGGUGAAAACUCAAGCCAAAGCAGUGGGAAAUUCUGUCCUAAGAUAUGUACCUGUGAUGUGAUCGAAGAUUUAAAACGAGCCGAUUGUAGCAAUGAAAAGCUUAUCAACACAUACACCGACGUACCGAGCGAUGUUGAAAUUCUUGAUCUUAGUAUCAACAUCAUAUCCUCGAUCGAAAAUGAGAACUUCAUGCCCUACGACAAUCUAGUGAAGCUGUUCCUGUCGGAAAAUUCCAUCCAAACGAUUUCGCUCGAUGCGUUUGCCCACCAGCAACGCUUGACAACGCUGGACCUAUCCUACAACCGGUUAGAACACCUUAAUGAGCAACUGUUUGAGCGCAAUCUGCAGCUGGUCGAUCUGAACCUUUCGGGCAAUAACUUUAUGAUGCUGUCGAACGCACCUUUUCUCAAAAGCUACUCCAUAAUGUUUCUUCAUCUCUCGAACUGUCGCAUACCGCACGUUUUCGAUACGAUGUUUAUCGACCUACCGAAUUUGCAGUCGUUGGAUCUAUCCAAAAACAUAAUGAAUAGCUUAGCUACAGUACCUUUCGCUCAUCUGCGUAAGCUUACCUCUAUCAAUUUGCUCGAUAAUCGAUGGGAUUGCAAAACAGAAAGCGUGCGGAAUACAAUUCGAUGGCUAAAGACGAGAGUACCUGCCACUAUUGCAGAUAGUUGUUUGCUCUCCGACCUCAGCUAUCAUGGUAAUCGGUUUGAAAGAAUCAUGGAAGAUCCUUCGCUGAAUGAUAAGAAACAUAACCGUCACGAUAUAGCGAUUGAAGAAGUUUGGGGCACACAAAGAUUGCCACUGACAAAAAGCACCGGAGAAGAUCUUUGGCCAAGCUUUAUGAACCAAACGUGCUCCUACACCGACCUGGAACACGAUCCUUCGAAAGAAGCUUGCGAGCAGUUCAUCGAAUGUCAGCGAAAGUACACGGAAUUGUACCACGCCCAUAAGCUACUACUCAGUCGGAAAAAUUCCCGGUGUAGUGAAUAUUUUCGCACGGGAGUGUUUGUCGGUGGCGUGCUGGUGGGUCUAAUGCUUGGUUCGUUCCUAACUUACACCAUCUGCUGGGUGGUUCGUAGCUGUCGCAAACGAUCGAUGCAGAAGAAAACCAACUAUGCUCCGGAUCAAAGGCGCUUGCAUCGCGAACUGAGAAGAGAAAUUCGAGGACGCAAUCAGUUUGAACACACACGUUUAAAUGAAUCACCGAUUUUAGCGCGAAGCGAUCGUGUCCCCGGAACGGUACGAUCGCAGCAGAAUGACGAAAUUUAUCAAAACCAUGAACACACCCGACAGUUUCUAGUGAACCUGUUCUCCAAACGCCAACCACGAUACGUGCGCAGCAACUCGCAGCUGGCCAACAUCAACAACCGAUACAUUCCACCCACUCAGAUACGUGAUGAACCACGGGAAGCGUCCAAUGUGGUGCCACGUGCUGCUUCCGACACUGGACGACUAUGGGAGCAUCAAUUUGACUCCAACUAUCACGAACGAGUAAGAAUUCCUACGGAUGAGCCUGAUGCUUCCUUUCGAUUGAGCGACGAUCAGCAACCGACAUGGAUAAGCAUCCGACCGAACGGUCACGGGACGCUUACACGAAACCCACGAACACGCAACGAUGUGACAACAUCGAGUGAAAGUCCACCACCGCCUUAUAUAGAGUGUACGUUAGACACAGAACCAAAGCAAGAAACAGUUAAUAUGUACUGA